AUGUCGAAUGAACUCGAGCUCACUUUUCUUGCGAUCCACCAGCGUAUUUUGCAACUAACAUAUGUUGAUGCACUUCUCCAGUCAGUCAAAGAAAGGUUUACCGCGCGCUUCAAAGAUGUUCUAAAGACGCUUCCGUCUUUCUCGGCUCCUCGUGAGACGCUUUCGAGUUUCGCGUCAAGCUUUGCAUCUUGGGACGCUGAGUUCCUUCAGCUUGUCCGACAGCACGAAAGUAACAAUGCAAAGAUGAAGAGAGAUCGGCUUGCAGGUGUAUUGCCUUCCGAAACACCACAAAAAGAUGUCUCUGAUGUUUCUGGAUCUGCAACUUCACCAACAACAGUAACAUUGGAGAACUCGACGUCUGAGCGAUCGAAAACCGAGCCACUUAAAGGCACAAAGGCAGCGAUGAGUGCUGGUGGACGCCGGGUCGUAUCUGGCAAAAUGAAAAAAUCAAAAGGCGCAACUGUUGCGCAAGCAGACCCAGUGCCAGAGCCGCAGGCGAAAAAGUCAGUUCCUGGCAAGACGCAGCGCAAAUGGGACACGAGUAAGGCGGCCGUGUCACAAGGCGAGAUAGCGUCAUUGGAUUUUAGUCAGGAUACCUCACAGAGCAAGGUCGACUUGUCUCCUUGGAUUGAUGAGACGAAGCUUGGAACAAAACGGAGUGAUGGAAUCUACGAGCUUGCAGAGGACGAUUUAGCUGAGACAAGCACAUCAGGGCCUGGUCUUUUCGCCAUGCUUGGCUCCGGUCGGGCAUCUUCGCUGUUGUCCAGACUUACUGGCGCCAAAAGCUCAUUGGGCAAACAAGACCUAGAUCCAAUUCUCCAAGCGAUGCAGACACACUUGCAAUCAAAGAAUGUGGCAAGUGACGUAGCGGCACUCAUCUGUGAAGGGGUGGAAAAGCGGCUGAUCGGCAAAAAAAUUGGCAACUUUGGAAGUGUCAAGGCGGAAGUGCGGGCCUCGCUAAAUGAUUCUAUCACCCGUAUUUUGACUCCUAGUACAAGCACAGAUAUUCUGCUUGACAUUGCGAGUAAGAAGCAACGGCGUUCUGAGCUUCUGGCAACGCUUCCAGCACAUGCAGUGCGUGGGAAUGUUUCACCGUCGUUAAAUCCUUAUUCCAUUGGCUUUGUUGGUGUUAAUGGCGUGGGCAAAUCGACAAACUUGGCCAAAGUGUGCUUCUGGCUCUUGCAGAAUAGGUAUCGCGUGCUGAUUGCUGCAUGCGAUACAUUUCGCAGUGGCGCUGUUGAACAGCUCCGUACACAUGUGCGGAAUCUUGGCGAACUGGAGGUAGAUGGUCAUCGAGUUGCCGAUGGUGCUCCGGGAACGGGUGCUGCCAUGCUGGAGCUGUACGAGCGCGGCUACGGAAAAGAUGCGGCGGGAAUAGCGAAGGAUGCCCUUGCGUAUGCCCGGAACGAGGGUUUUGAUGUCGUCUUGAUUGACACGGCCGGGCGCAUGCAGGAUAAUGAGCCACUGAUGCGCGCGCUGGCCAAGCUAAUUGCUGUGAAUCAACCUGAUAAAGUUCUGUUUGUUGGAGAGGCUCUUGUUGGGAAUGAAGCUGUUGAUCAGCUGACGAAGUUUAAUCGUGCGCUUAAAGACUACAGUGGCAUGUCAAGUCCCGCGUGGACUUGA